CCGGCCCAAGAUGAAGGGGUCCCUUCUGGUUUUGCUCCUGUUCCUGCCAGGGAUGCUUGCUGUGCUGAGAGAAGAGCCCCCCGAGAAGGGGGGGCGAUCAGAUGCCAACCCCAGACUCCCACCACCUCUGCCCAAGAGCCCGGUGGCCCAGGGCCAGAGGAGGGAGAAGGUGGCCAAGUUGGGGCUUCCUGAUUCAGCUAGGGCCGAUCCUCAGGACGGAGCUGCAUCUUUAACGAGCCAAAAGGGCCCCGUGAGUGAGGUCCACCUCCCUUGGCUCUUGUUGCCCCAGAGCAAUGGCACCUCCGACGGAUGGACCGGGCCUAAGCCCCAUCCUUGGCCUCUGGGGGGCCUCAAAAACCCAGUGUGCUGGGUUGAAGUAGGUCAGGGUGAAGAUGGGGUCAUGGGCCCCCUUCAGAUGGUGGGGGCUCUGAGUGCUUAUGAGAGGGGCUUUGUGGAAGCCCUGAGACAGGCCCGCUGGGACCGCCGAGGCCUGGCCACCUUUGGGAUCUGCCCCCCGGGGGGCACGGGAGUCGCUCACCUUUCUCUGCAGCGCCUGGGGGCAUGGCUGGUGGAGCCAGGCGGGUGGCGGCUCGUGGUUCUGCACCUGGAAGAAGUGACUUGGGAGCCGGAGCUGAGCCUGUGGUUCCAGGAGCCCCCGCCGCCGCCGCGAGAAGCGGGUGCCCCAGAACUGGCCCUGCUGGUGCUGUAUCCCGGGCUGGGGACCGGCGGAAUCCAGCCUGGGCAGCGGCAGUUCUGGGUCACCGGAGCCGGACUGCCCCCCCAGCAGAGCCUCUGCCUCUCCUUGGACACCCGCUACCUGGUCCUGGCUGUGGAUAGGAUGGCCGGCGUCGGGCUGUCCCUCGCUCUGCGGCCCCAGGGUGGAGCUGGGCCCUCUCUGGCCACCCCAGAACUCCAGGCCCUGCUCUUCGGUCUGGAUCACAAGUGCUAUACAAGGAUGACUCCGGUCCUGCUCUUGCUGCAGGGGCACAGCUUGGGGACGAAGCCCAAACCCGGGCCUCUCCCUGCAGAGGGCCGGCUCGAUACGGCGCCGUACCCAUUGCCCAGGCCAUCCUCCCAGCCGCCAGCCACAGAAGCCACCCCACCAGGGCCCACAGACCCCUUCCUGGAGACCCUGACCCUCCUGGUCCGCAGAGUCCUGGGCCCUCCUCCUAGCCCCGGCCCGCUGCGGCUGGCCUUGGAUCCCGAGGCCCUGGAGGCCCUCCCGCAUCAGGUUUUCAAUCUCUCGGACCCUGCCACCCUGGAGCAGCUGGUGGAGUCGGAGGAUCCUCUGCUGCUCCUGUUUCCGGUGGGAAGCCCAGCCCUGCUGGAGGGCCUAGCGGGCCGGUGGCAGGCCCAGGAGGGUCCAGCCCAGCGCCUGGCAGGCAAGCUGCAGUCUGUGGCAAAGGAACUGCUGAAGAUGCCCGCUUUGCAACCCCACGCGGGGCUCCUCCGCCAGCUCCUGGCCCUCUGCCCAGCUCCUACCAACAGCAGCGGAGAGCAGGCGGAGGCCCUGGCCGCGGGCAGCCAGCUCCGGGCCCUGCUGCUCCUGAAGGCCCUGCAGAGCCUGAAGGCCGAGUGGCGGGAGCGCAGGAAGACUUCCCGGGCCCUCCGCAGUGCCAGGCUUGGAGGGGACAGUCCGUGCCGGCUGCAGGAGCUGAGCGUGGACCUGCGGGCCGAGAAGUCCAUCCUCAUCCCCGAGACUUACAUGGCCAACAACUGCCAGGGCCCCUGCCACUGGCCGCAGUCUGACCGAAGCCCCAACUACAACAACCACGUGGUGCUGCUGCUGAAGAUGCAGGAGAGGGGAGAGCCGCUAGGCCGGCCGCCCUGCUGCGUGCCCACGGCCUACGCCGGAAAGACUCUCAUCAGCCUCUCGGAAGAGGGCCUGAGUGCCCGCCUCAUGCCCAACAUGGUCGCUACGGAGUGCGGCUGCCGGUAGGCUCCCGUCCCCAGUGUCCAGCGGCCGCCGCGGCCCGGGGAGCUAAGGCUGGCAGCCCCGCUAGGAUGCCUCCACGUCCCUGCCCCGGCCCCGGCCUCGCUCCGGCCAGGCCUUCCUCUCCCUGCCUCCGUGUGCCUGACCACUCCUCGACACCCUCCGCCCGGCUACGUCCCCACCGGAGCCCCAUCUUCAGCCCCCUGGGUGGGCAGGCGAGGGCUUCUCCCCUUCCUGGGCCCUGCAGGGAAGGGGAGGCCGUGGGGGAGGGCAGGCGAAGGCCGCAGCCACGCAGGGCACGAGACGGGCACAAGAUGGGCACGAGAGCAGCCCGGAGCACGGCCGUCACGGGAGGGAGGUGGGAUUGGGCACAGAGCGCGUCGGGCCAGCACCCAAACAGGAUCCUCGGCCAGGAACACACAGCUCGGCUCCGGGCCUGGGAGCCCAAAUGCUGCCUCGUAUUUAUUCUGACCAAAGGCAGCAUCAUCCGAUAAAGCAGGGCACUUGGCAGCCUCGGCCGGGAAGGGGAGGAGCCCAGGGCAGAGCCCUGGCCAGGAAGGAGGGAGGAGGGAGCGCCCCGGCCGAGAGGCGGCCUCCAGCCCGUCCCUCCUCCCGUCCUGGCUCACCCGGGCCUUCCUCCCACCCCAUCACACAAGUGGCUGGGAAGCGGCGCCGGCUGAGGCAAAGAAAGCCACUUCCAGAGGCGCCCCUAGAGCCCUGGAGUGUCCUCGAGGCUGGGCCCGCACCUCCUUCCCUUCCCCCGACAUGCUCAUCAGUACGGGGAGGCAGCCCUGGCUGAG